AUGACAUACCUACCUUGGGUCUAUCGUGUAUGCCAUGUUAUGUACUGUCCAGAUGUAUUGUACGCUUUAAGCCUGACAAGUUGGUACCAAGUUGAUCGCGGUGAAAGUCAUUGGAUCGCAGUUAAAGAUAUCCUUAAGUACUUCAGAAGGACUAAGAAUACAUUCCUUAUAUAUGGAGGUGAGGAAGAGCUGAGUGUAAAAGGUUACAUUAAUGCUAGCUUCCAAACUGAUAAGGAUGAUUCAUUAUCGCAAUCGAGUUUUGUGUUUGGCCCUAAUGGUGGCGCUGUGAGUUGGAAAAGUUCAAAGGAAGAUACAGUAGUUGAUUAUACAACUAAGGCCAAGUACAUUACAACUAGUAAGGCUGCAAAGGAGGUUGUUUGGAUCAGUUAUACUAUGAAGACUGAUGUUGGGUAUGCCACAAUGUAUGUAGUGGAAGAUGAUUGA